AUGAACAUAAUUCACCGAGAUCUUCACACAAGAAACGUUUUGAUUAAUGGAGAUAUGCCUUAUAUUUGCGAUUUUGGGUGCAGUAUAUUUUCUGAUCUUUCAUAUGAAAAACCUGACAAAGUUUACGGCGUACGCUUAUAUAUGGCUCCCGAAGUCAUAAACGAUAAAAAAAGCUCCAAGGAAGCGGACAUAUUUGGGCUUGGAAGGAUUAUUUUCGAAGUUAUCACAGGGAGACUCCCAUUUCAUGAGCGUAAAAAUGAUUUCUUUCUUCAAUUCGAACUUGCCAGAGGAAUUAAGCCAGAGAUUCCUAAAGACGUAUCAAGAUCUUUAAAAGAUUUAAUGAAUAAAUGCUGGGAAAUAGACCCCGAAAAUCGUCCAAAUGCAGAAUACAUUUGUGACGCGCUAAAAGAAGAAUUCAAUACCGAAAGUAAUAGUAAUGUUGAACUCGGAAGUAUGUAG